UGUUCCCCGUCGACACCUCUCCGGCACGAUUUCUUCAGUUCGAUUUCCAUUUUUGUCGAUAGAUCGAUACUUUUGGAUUUAGAUGUUAGAUUGGUUUCAGAAACAUCUUAUGAUUUGGAAAGACAGAUCAAAGAGAUCCUGAAGUUUGUGAGAAGAGAAACGAAGCAACAGGUUGAGAAAAUCUGAUGAAUGGAGGAGGCUCGAAGAGUUUGCGUUCAGCAUUAUCCUACUGUGUACAACAAGUACGAAACUAUGACUAUCAUCACUACCUCUGUCUACUUGAGCUCCCACCCGAGAUGCGUAAAGCUGCAUUUGCACUCCGAGCUUUCAACGUGGAAACCGCGAGAGCCAUGGAUGUUGCAUCUGAUCCAAAAAUCGGCUUGAUGCGUUUACUUUGGUGGCAAGAAGCAAUCGACAAGCUCUACACCAAAAAACCCAUAAACCACCCUACUGCACAAGCUCUGUCUUGGGCCAUAUCAGAGCACAACAUCAGUAAACCUUGGCUUAAACGCUCGGUUGAAGCUAGAAUCCGUGAUGCUCAAAGAGAAGUGGAGGAUAUACCCGAGAGCAUCGAGGAGCUUGAGAAAUACGCAGAAGAUACGGUUUCUACGCUUCUGUACAAUACACUCCAAGCAGGCGGAAUCAGUUCAACAGCAGCGGAUCACGCAGCUUCUCACAUCGGUAAAGCCAGUGGUCUUGUCUUGCUACUGAAAUCGUUACCUUACCACUGUACAAGAAACCGUCAACAGAGUUACAUCCCUGCGAAUCUCGCUGAGAAGCACGGGUUGCUUGUGAAACAAGGAGGACGAUCAGAGAUCCUUCUGGAUAUGAAUACAAGAGAAGGACUAUGCAAUGUAGUGUUUGAGAUUGCAUCUGUUGCCAAUGUACAUCUCUUGAAAGCCCGUGAACUGGCGGGAAAAGUUCCUGCAGAAGCUAAACCGGUUCUGCUUCAUUCUGUGCCGGUACAAGUUCUUCUUGAUUCGUUAAGUAAAGUACAUUUCGAUGUGUUUGAUCCGAGGAUUCAGAGAGGAGUUCUCGGUGUUUCUCCACUUUGGUUUCAGUUUAAACUCAAGUGGUAUUCAUGGAGAGCUAUGUUUUGAAAACAUUUGUCUUCUCCUCAGGCUUGCUUGCCUUUUCUGGAUUCAAAAAACAUUAUUACAUUGAACUUCUUUCUACACUUUCUUUGUA